UGGGGAGCUGGCAGCCCCUCCUACCCAGCACUCCUGGGGCCGCACAGGGAACAGUGAUGAGUGCAGGCUCCCUGCUGGAUCCUCUGGCACCCCCAGGCACCCCGUUUAUGGAGCUCAGAGGCCACAGACGCCCCCCCAAUGCCUCCCAAGUGUCCCUUCUCUGCUCAAAGGGCAGCGGCUGUGACGGGGCUCCCGGGCACAGGGUACGCCGUGGCCUGGCCCAGCUCCUCAUGCCCCCGGUCUCCACCCGACAGCCACCCGCCUGCCCCUGCCAUGGAGACCUUCUUUAGGAGACACUUCCAGCGGAAGGCGCCAGGCCCUGGAGAGGGGCAGAGGCGGCCCGGCGGCGUGGGGCUGCCCACAGGCAAGGCCCGGCGCCGCUCGCCUGCAGGGCAGGCCUCCUCCUCGCUGGUCCAGCGGCGCCGCUCCAGCGCACAGCUCCAGGGCUGCCUCCUGGGCUGUGGGGUGGGGGCCCCGCGCUCCAGCCGCCGGCGCUCCAGCACCGCGCCCCCCGCCUGCAACCCCCGCUUCACCGUGGAUGAGGUGCCUGCCCUGCAGCCUGCCACUGUUGGGGCCCUGCGUCUGGGCGCACCCCUGCUCUUGGCCGGGCUCUUGGGCAUGGAUGAGGAGGAGGGGGUCCAGGAGGAGGAUGUGACAGUUGCGUCGUUGGCGGCCACCCAGCCAGGCACCAAGAGACCGGGGCCAUCCCCGCAUCGGGGAGCCCUGCCCGUGCUGCCCAUUCCCCGCUGGCGCCGGCGCCGGGCCUCCUCCCACCUGCUGCCCGCUGACGUGGUGAAAGACCGCGCCCUCUGGGGCCUGCACGGUUACUACCGGCCCCUCAGCCCGCAGCGGCCCUCAGGCCAGCACCUCAGCCUGGGGGGCCGAAGAGCCUCGGGCACUGCAGCUGGCCCCAGGAUGCCUGCCUGCGUGCGCCCGCUGUCCCGCAGACGCCAGGUAGCCCUGCGGCGCAAGUCAGCCGGACCCCAGACCUGGAGUGCCCUGCUUGCGAAAGCCAUCACCAAGUCAGGCCUCCAGCACCUGGCACCCCCUCCUCCAGCUCCCGGGGCCCCGCGCAGUGAGCCUGAGCGGCAGAUCCGGAGCACUGUGGACUGGAGCGAGUCAGCGACGUAUGGGGAGCACAUCUGGUUUGAUACCAACGUGUCCGGGGACUUCUGCUAUGUUGGAGAGCAGUACUGUGUAGCCAAGAUGCUGCAGAAAUCAGUGUCCCGGAGGAAGUGUGCAGCGUGCAAGAUUGUGGUGCACACCCCCUGCAUUGAACAGCUAGAGAAGAUAAAUUUCCGCUGCAAGCCAUCCUUCCGUGAAUCAGGCUCCAGGAACGUCCGUGAGCCAACCUUUGUGCGGCACCACUGGGUACACAGGCGACGCCAGGAUGGCAAGUGUCGGCACUGUGGGAAGGGCUUCCAGCAGAAGUUCACCUUCCACAGCAAGGAGAUCGUGGCCAUCAGCUGCUCCUGGUGCAAGCAAGCCUACCACAGCAAGGUGUCCUGCUUCAUGCUGCAGCAGAUCGAGGAGCCGUGCUCCCUGGGGGUCCACGCCGCCGUGGUCAUCCCACCCACCUGGAUCCUCCGUGCCCGCAGGCCCCAGAAUACCCUCAAGGCAAGCAAGAAGAAAAAGAGGGCAUCCUUCAAGAGGAAAUCUAGCAAGAAAGGGCCUGAGGAGGGCCGCUGGAGACCCUUCAUCAUCAGGCCCACCCCGUCCCCCCUCAUGAAGCCCCUGCUGGUGUUCGUGAACCCCAAGAGUGGGGGCAACCAGGGCGCCAAGAUCAUCCAGUCCUUCCUCUGGUAUCUCAAUCCCCGGCAAGUCUUUGACCUGAGCCAGGGAGGGCCCAAGGAGGCGCUGGAGAUGUACCGCCGGGUGCACAACCUGCGGAUCCUGGCCUGUGGGGGCGAUGGCACGGUCGGCUGGAUCCUCUCCACCCUGGACCAGCUGCGCUUAAAACCACCGCCACCCGUCGCCAUCCUGCCCCUGGGCACCGGCAACGACUUGGCCCGCACCCUCAACUGGGGUGGGGGCUACACCGAUGAGCCCGUGUCCAAGAUCCUCUCCCACGUAGAGGAGGGCAACGUGGUGCAGCUGGACCGCUGGGACCUCCGUGCUGAGCCCAACCCCGAGGCGGGGCCUGAGGAGCGAGAUGAGGGGGCCACCGACCGGCUGCCGCUGGAUGUCUUCAACAACUACUUCAGCCUGGGCUUUGAUGCCCACGUCACCCUGGAGUUUCACGAGUCCCGAGAGGCCAACCCAGAGAAAUUCAACAGCCGCUUUCGGAAUAAGAUGUUCUACGCCGGGACAGCCUUCUCCGACUUCCUGAUGGGCAGCUCCAAGGACUUGGCCAAGCACAUCCGCGUGGUGUGUGACGGGACUGACCUGACCCCCAAGAUUCAGGACCUGAAACCCCAGUGCAUUGUUUUCCUGAACAUCCCCAGGUACUGUGCGGGCACCAUGCCCUGGGGCCACCCUGGGGAGCACCAUGACUUUGAGCCCCAGCGGCAUGAUGAUGGCUACCUCGAGGUUAUUGGCUUUACCAUGACAUCCCUGGCAGCACUGCAGGUGGGCGGGCACGGCGAGCGGCUGACACAGUGCCGAGAGGUGCUGCUCACCACGUCUAAGGCCAUCCCAGUGCAGGUGGAUGGUGAGCCCUGCAAGCUCGCAGCCUCAUGCAUCCGCAUCUCCCUGCGCAACCAGGCCACCAUGGUGCAGAAGGCCAAGCGGCGGAGCGCCGCCCCCCUGCACAGCGACCAGCAGCCAGUGCCGGAGCAGCUGCGGAUCCAGGUGAGCAGGGUCAGCAUGCACGACUACGAGGCCUUGCACUAUGACAAGGAGCAGCUCAAAGAGGCCUCUGUGCCGUUGGGCACCGUGGUGGUCCCGGGAGACAGCGACCUGGAGCUGUGCCGCGCCCACAUCGAGAGGCUCAGGCAGGAGCCCGAAGGUGCUGGAGCCAAGUCUCCGACGUGCCAGAAACUCUCCCCCAAGUGGUGCUUCCUGGAUGCCACCACUGCUAGCCGCUUCUACAGAAUCGACAGGGCCCAGGAACACCUCAACUACGUGACCGAGAUCGCACAGGAUGAGAUUUAUAUCCUGGACCCUGAGCUGCUGGGGGCGUCUGCCCGACCCGACCUCCCAACCCCCUCUUCCCCUCUCCCCACCUCGCCCUGCUCACCCAGGCCCCGGUCACUGCCGGGGGAUGCUGCACCCCCUACAGGUGAAGAGCUGAUCGAGGCUGCCAAGAGGAACGAUUUCUGUAAGCUCCAGGAGCUGCACCGAGCCGGGGGUGACCUCAUGCACCGGGACGAGCGGGGCCGCACGCUCCUGCACCACGCUGUCAGCACUGGCAGCAAGGAGGUGGUCCGCUACCUGCUGGACCAUGCCCCCACAGAGAUCCUUGAUGCUGUGGAGGAAAACGGGGAGACCUGUCUGCACCAGGCCGCAGCCCUGGGCCAGCGUACCAUCUGCCACUACAUCGUGGAGGCCGGGGCCUCUCUCAUGAAGACAGACCAGCAGGGCGACACUCCCCGGCAGCGGGCUGAGAGGGCUCAGGACACGGAACUGGCCGCGUACCUAGAGAACCGGCAGCACUACCAGAUGAUCCAGCGGGAGGACCAGGAGACGGCUGUGUGAGGCCGCUGCACAGCAGGGCGACGGGCCACCAGAGGACCAGCCCCUCCUCGCCCACCUCACUGCCACAUUCCAGGCGGAGGGCCACAGAGGGACCCGGGACCCAGGACCCAGGGAAGGAGCCCUGUGCUGCUCCCUGUGGAGCUGCCCAGACCUAGGGCUGGACUCUGAGGAGCUGGGGGCCAGGGGCUGGGGUGGGGUCUCACCCGGCCCCCUGAGGCCACAGCCUAACCCAGAGGCUCACAGGGGACCAGGAGACUGGACUGGGCUGGGCAGACCAUUGGGGGGGCUGGGGGGGCCCUCACCUUCCCUGCAGUGGGUGCCCUGGAGUUGAGGGCCCACAGCCCGGAGGGCAGAGGGCCUUGAGGCCCUGUGAGGGAGCCCCCAGGAAGACGCUUCCUAAGCCUCCGGGUCCUUGAGGACCCUCACUCUGAGGCUCCUGGGAGCUUGGGCCCCUCUCCCGCCCUGACACCACCCCCCCACCCCUGCCCCCAGGGCUUCUUCCCGAAUACACGGAGCCUGCUGCAUCUGCCUGCCCGCUGCCCUGCUUAGCACCUACCCGGUGACCCUCCUCCCAAACCCAGUCAUUUCACCUCCGACUGUGUGGCCUGGGGGGUGGGGGUGGGGGCUUUCACGGUGACAUGUUUACAGCUGGGUGUGACUCAGUAAAGUGGAUUUUUUUUCCUUUC